UGAGAACGGAGGUCCCUGUCAAGAGAAUGGCCAAGAUCUCCUCAGGAUGUCUGCCAAGGUCUCCCCUGCUCCCCGCCUCUCCAAACCCCCCCUGCGGGUGAAAGACCUGGUGGUCAAAUGGCUGAGUGUAGUUUCCGGUCUCCAGUUGUGUGCAUUCCUGAUGGAUAUUUUGGCCUGGAUGAUGUGCAUUGCCUCAAUAGCCAUUGCCAACUGGAGAGUGUGGCGUGUGGAAAACAUCAAGGGAAUCGGCUCUGGGAACAUCUGGAUUGGAAUCUGGCAGGUUUGUUUUUGGAAAGACCCUUCUAACGACGGCAACGCUUUUUGGCAUUGCGAAGACCUCAAUGAGCAACAUCCAACCCUCCCAAGGGAAAUUUUUAUUGCCCAAGAUUUAAUGGCAUUAGCUUCCAUCAUGAAUUCAGUGGCCCUCGGAUUAAUUUCAUUUGCUUUGUACAACGUGUUCAAGCCCAGAAAACAUAAGGAUUUUGUGUUAACCUUUUUUAGCCUUGGAGCUCUGCUGAACUUACCUGCAGGGAUACUCGUCCUGAUUUCUGUGAUAUGGAACAUGUCUGCUGUCUUACAAAAUGGGGAAAUUGUCUUCCCAGAAGCUUUUGAAUUGCCUCAAAUUCCCAGCGAGCAGCAUAUUGGACCUUCUAUUUAUCUAGGCUAUAUCGCUGCGGGUUUCCAGCUGCUGAGUGCAGCAUUGGUUGGGAUGGAGAGAUGUUGCAUCAGGACCACCGCAACAGAUACAUCUCAAAUAGAAACUGUGGUGGUGAUUACCCCAGGAAGUGGGGUGAAAAGCGAGAGUCUUACUACUUGUUCGAAGUGUGGUUCUCUGCUGGACCUGGUAAUUCAAGAGAAAUCCUCCGCAGUGGAGAUGGAGAAGACCCAUGCGGAAGAUCUUGUCAUUCCAGAGGAAUCCUGCGCAGUGGAGAUGGAGGAAAGCUGUGCAAGUGAUCUUGUCAUUCCAGAGGAAUCCUGCGCAGUGGAGACGGCUGCUGAAAAGCUUUGA